CAGUUCUUUAGCAACAAGGAGAGGUCAGGAUUGCUCACAAAUCUUACCUGAACCCCCCUUUAUCUUAUCAUCUCCCAAAACCUUCUCUUUCUUUGGAUAUUUGAUUGUUCCUCUUUUCACUUUUGCAUGUUUCAUUCAAUAGUUAUGCGCCCACCAUUGCCUCUUCUUUGGUUCUAAAACCUCAACUCCAAUUCCACUAGAAGUCUUACUUAUUGUUUUCUGAAAUUGGGUAUCCGAUUUUUGUCCCAAAAUACCAUUUUCUUGAUUUGAAAUUAGGGGAUAAUAUACAUAGGAAAUGGCUCCAAGGUCUGGCAGGGGUAAGUCAGGCAAAUCAAAGACAGAGAAGAAGAAGAAAGAGGAGAAAGUUGUGCCUAGUGUUUUUGAUAUCACUGUCAUCACUCCAUAUGGAUCCCAAGUUGUACUGAAGGGCAUCUCCACAGACAAGAUACUGGAUGUGAGAAAGCUAUUGGGUCAGCAUGUGGAAACAUGCAAUCUUACAAAUUAUUCUUUAUCUCAUGAGGUUAAAGGGCAGAGAUUGAAUGAUAGAAUGGAGGUUGCAACUCUGAAGCCUUGUUUGCUAAAAAUUGUUGAAGAGGACUACACGGAGGAAUCGCAGGCGGUCGCCCACGUACGGAGGCUACUGGAUAUCGUCGCCUGCACGACGAGGUUCGCCAAGCGCAAACGAACUCGAUCGCCGCCAUUUCCAUUGGAUUCUAAAUCCAAGAAGAAUGCCAGUAAGCCCAACCACGGCAACGGCGGCGGUAGUGCCUCUUCGGUGUCUGAUGAUGGAGGAUCAUCGAUGGAACCGUCUAUUUCGGCGGCGAUUUCGGAGGAAAUGGACAUGGCGGCCAUUCAUCCAACCCCUAAGUUGUCGGAGUUCUACGACUUCUUCUCUUUCUCCCAUGUCUCUCCUCCCAUUCUCAAUUUGAGGAGAUAUGAUGAAGAAGAGUGGCGUGAUGGCGACUUCUUUGGAAUGCAGAUAAAAAUCUGCAAUGGGAAGCAAAUACAAGUAGUUGCCUCGGUAAAAGGGUUCUAUGCUGUGGGAAAGCAGUCUUACCAAAGCCACUCGUUGGUAGAUCUUUUGCGAAACCUCAGCCAAGCCUUUGCCAAUGCGUAUGAGUCCCUUAUGAAGGCAUUUUUGGAACACAAUAAGUUUGGUAAUCUUCCCUAUGGAUUUCGAGCAAAUACAUGGCUUGCCCCUCCAUAUGUUGCUGAGUCUCCAUCAAACUUCAGCUCUUUACCAGCAGAAGAUAUAAAUUGGGGUGGCAGUGGUGGAGGCCAGGGAAGAAACGGUGAAUAUGAUCUUCAUCCAUGGGCUACAGAUUUUGCGAUAUUGGCUAGUCUUCCUUGCAAAACUGAAGAGGAGAGGGUUGUUAGAGAUCGCAAGGCUUUUUUGCUUCAUAGCCGAUUUGUUGAUGUCUCAAUCUUUAAAGCUGUUGCAACAAUACGUAAUGUGAUUGAUUCAAGGUUAAAUGCAAAGGAUACUGCAAAUUGUCAUCCUGGAAGAAUCCUGCAUGAGGAGCGUGUAGGUGACUUGUACAUUACGGUAAAACAUAUUGAGGCAGAUGCAAGCUGUAAGUCUGAAGUAAAAAUUAUUGGAAACCAAUUAUCUUGCAAAUCUGCUAAGGAAGUUGCUCAGUGGAAUUUACUUAAAGGGCUAACAGCUGAUGAGAGUGUAGUUGUUCAUGAUACAUCCUCAUUGGGCAUUGUCAUUGUAAGAUACUGUGGUUACCUUGCAACAGUUAAAGUUGUUGGUGAUGUGAAGAGGGUAAAGAGCAAUGCUCAAGAUAUUGAAAUUGAUGAUCAACCAGAUGGAGGAGGCAAUGCUCUUAAUGUUCACAGCCUUAGGGUUUUACUUCUUAAGCCCUGCCAUGCAGAAUCAACUGGAGAAGGCCAGUUGUUUAAAACCAAUUUUGAUGAUCUAGGAGCUCAUAAAUGCCUUGUUCGAAGAGUUAUAGAAAAGAGUAUAGCAGAACUACAAGAGAAGACACCUAAUGUUGAAAGGUCUAUCAGAUGGGAGCUUGGUUCUUGUUGGGUGCAGCAUCUGCAAAAGCAGGAAACUCCAACAGAUACUAAUUCUAAAGUACCUAAGAAUGAUUCUGAAACUGAACAUACUGUCAAAGGUCUGGGACAUCAAUUUAAAUUUUUAAAGAAGAGGGAUAAGAAACUGAGUAAUGAUACUAGUAAAAAUGAUAAGGAAGAAAAGGAUACUGGACCAGGCAGCAUGAAUCUGACAGCUGAUGUAGGAGAGCAAAGCAGUGAGUACAGCAUUGAUAUGGAACUGAAGAACCUAAUUUCUGAAGAAGCCUUCUUGCGUCUUAAAGAAACUGGAACUGGUCUUCAUUUAAAGUCUGCUGAUGAGCUCAUCAACAUGGCAUAUAAGUAUCAUGAUGAGAUUGCUUUACCAAAAUUGGUAACAGACUUUGGAUUGCUUGAGCUUUCUCCUGUUGAUGGUCGUACACUGACUGAUUUCAUGCAUUUGAGGGGAUUACAAAUGCGUUUUUUGGGUCGUGUGGUUGAACUUGCGGAGAAGCUUCCACACAUACAAUCACUUUGCAUUCAUGAGAUGGUUACUCGAGCUUUCAAGCAUGUAGUCCAAGCAGUAGUAGCAUCAGUUGACAAUUUAGUGGACUUACCUGCUGCUAUAGCUUCAUCCUUGAAUUUCUUACUAGGAAGUCCUGGAAUGGAAGAUCAUGACCAAAAUCUGAAUGAUGACUAUGCUCUAAAAUUGAGGUGGUUAAGAACAUUUCUUCCAAUGAGAUUUGGUUGGACGCUCAAAGAUGAGUUCUGUCAUUUAAGAAAAAUCUCAAUUCUUCGGGGACUUUGCCAUAAGAUUGGGUUGGAGUUGGUUCCGAGGGAUUACAAUAUGGAAUGUCCCAACCCCUUCAAGAAAUGUGAUAUUGUCAGUAUGGUUCCUGUUUGUAAGCAUGUAGGAUGCUCUUCAGCAGAUGGCCGCACAUUGUUGGAGUCAUCCAAGGUUGCUCUUGAUAAAGGAAAGCUAGAGGAUGCUGUUAGUUAUGGAACAAAGGCAUUAGCAAAGAUGAUAGCUGUCUGUGGUCCCUACCAUCGAACUACUGCAAGUGCCUACAGUCUUCUAGCUGUGGUUCUCUACCAUAUUGGAGACUUUAAUCAGGCAACUAUAUAUCAACAGAAGGCUUUAGAUAUUAAUGAGAGGGAGCUUGGCCUUGACCAUCCAGAUACUAUGAAAAGCUAUGGGGAUCUGUCUGUGUUUUAUUAUCGCCUUCAACACAUUGAAUUGGCUUUGAAAUAUGUAAACCGUGCUUUAUUUCUACUUCAUUUUACCUGUGGACUGUCUCACCCAAAUACUGCUGCAACUUACAUAAAUGUGGCUAUGAUGGAAGAGGGCAUGGGAAAUGUUCAUGUUGCUCUCAGAUACUUACAUGAGGCUCUAAAGUGCAACCAGAGACUAUUAGGAGUGGAUCACAUUCAGACAGCUGCAAGCUAUCAUUCCAUAGCCAUAGCUCUUUCAUUGAUGGAAGCAUAUUCUUUAAGUGUGCAACAUGAGGAAACCACACUCAAGAUACUUGAAGCAAAACUUGGAUCAGAUGAUCUUCGUACUCAGGAUGCUGAUGCUUGGCUUGAGUACUUUAAGUCAAAAGUUCUAGAACAGCAAGAAGCAGCCCGUUGUGGAUCUCCAAAGCCAGAUGCAUCAAUUGCAAGCAAAGGCCAUCUUAGUGUGUCAGAUCUCCUGGAUUACAUAAGUCCCGUUCAAGAUUCUAAAGGAAAUCAUGUGCAGAGGAAGCAGCGGCGUGCUAAGGCGCUGCAGGAUGGUGAUAAAACCCAGCAAAGAAUAACAGAAGAUGCCACGAUCCAUGAUGGCUCAGAAAACACUGCAUCUAUUAUAGAUGGUAAUUCAGAACUGGUAAAGGCAGACACACGUCCUGAUGAAUCAGAAGACAACAGUGAUAUUUCUCCAACUGAGCCAACAGUCAUAAGUGAAGUAGUUGAAGAAACGACUUCACAUGAAGGUUGGCAAGAGGCCGGUUCAAAAGGAAGGUCAGGAAACAACAGUGGCCGGAAGUCUGGUCAGAGGAAACCAGUUCUCUCAAAGUUGAACAUAAAGAGAUCUGAAUUUCCAAUUUCUAGAGGAGGCAGUGCUAGACAGGAAAUCAUUUCACCUGCAAAAGGAACAACUUCCCACAAUAUCACAACUGAGCAGUUGCCAACGAAACAAAUUAAGUCUCAUAACUCAAGUCCUGGAAAGAACUCGAUUAAAUCACCGGCAAAAGCUUCCGUGUUUAAAGGUUCCUCAAGUCCAGCAAAUCACAAUGUGAUUACUUCAAAAUCUCUUUCUUACAAAGAAGUGGCUGUGGCACCUCCAGGUACAGUUCUAAAGCCAUUACAGGAGAAAGUACAAGGACUAAAUGAGGAAAAAACCGAGGACCACAAGUGCAUCACUCCACCUGAGAAAGUAAAGGUGGAGGGAAGUAGUGAUGUCUCUGUUUUUGCUGAGAGUCAUGAAGAAGUUGAAAUAGAAGAAACUCAAGAAAGUGAAAAUCAAUCAGAACAAACUGCUUUAGAACUCAAAAAGAGUCCUAACGAGGAAAAGACUGCAGAAACAAAUGGAAGUAAGCUAUCAGCAGCAGCUGAGCCAUUCAGUCCUAAAGCUCUCUCCAUGAAUCUCCCACAAAACUUGGUUCCUGUCACCAGUCUUUAUGGAGUUGGAGCCAGUCAAGGCAUGCUUGCAGAACCUGUUGGACCUCCAAUUGCUGCUAGAGUUCCUUGUGGGCCUAGGUCACGAUUGCAUUACAGAACUAAUUAUUCUUACCGCAUUAAACAUGGCUUUCCGAGAUAUCAGACUCCUAUUAUGGAACGGAGUGGAUUUGGACCUCCAAGAAUUAUGAACCCUGAUGCACCUGAGUUUGUUCCCAGGAAAGUUUGGCAAGCAUCUGGAACUGAUGACACAAGUGUCUCAAACGAAUCAAACUCUUCAACAGAGCCAAUGGAAGCAGAAGUGGAGAAAGUUGGUCAGAAAUGCAAUACAGAAGUAAAUGGUGGUAAUUUGAAGAAGAGCAUCUCUGAGGCUGAGAAGUUAGAGUUAGCAAGGCAGAUUUUACUGAGCUUGCUUGCGAAAUCAGCACAACAGAAAGCAGAUCCUCCAAGUGAGGCCAUGGGGAGUCAGAAAAGGUUUGGAAGUUCGGAAAAUUCUUCAGAUGCAAUUACAAAUGACAGUGCAAUUAUAAAAAUUCUUUAUGGUAAUGAAGCAAGGGAUUCAGUUUCUCAGUCCACUAACCGUAAGCCACCUACAACAUUAGAUGUAAAUGAGACAGGUGGAGAUGAAGGAUUUGUGGUUGUCACAAGGCGAAGGAGAAACAGGCAGCAAUUUACAAAUGCAGUUGCCAAUCUAUGCAAUCAGCAAUCCAUCUGUGCCUCUGUCAGGUGAAGGAAGUUAAAGCCUGAGAAAUCUCAUCACAGUAAAGGGAAAAGCAUCAUCAUCUUCGUUAAUCUUCCAGGUCUUUUGACUUUCCAGUUGUUCCUUAAAAGAAUACUGCUCAGCAUGGAUGGAAAAUCAAUAUAAGAGAGAAGUUUCAGCCAUAGAUUCAUAUUCGUUGAGGGAAAAAAAUAGUGUGUUCUAAAAAUCUCUUUAAAAUUGCUUCUCAUUUUAGAAAUUUUGGUUUACCAAUAAAAAUGCUAAUUGGCG